CCUCUCUGCGGGCCCGCCGGGGCCACGAGGCGGACAGCGUCGGAGGAGUAGCCCGGGCAGACCUUGACCUGGACUCCGACCCGGACCAGGGCUGGGAGGGAGAGGCGGGGCGGGAGGCGGGAUGGCGCAUGCGCCCGGCGCGGCUGAGCCCAGUCCCCAGGCCGCCGCGGCCCUUGACCUUGCCCCUGCCACGCUCCGCGCACGCGCAGGCCGCACAGGCCGUGUCUGGGCCCAUGGCGUCCGAGCGGCUCCCGAACCGGCCAGCCUGCCUCCUCGUGGCCAGCGGCGCCGCCGAAGGCGUGUCGGCCCAGUCCUUCCUCCACUGCUUCACACUGGCCAGCGCCGCCUUCAAUCUGCAGGUGGCCACCCCCGGGGGGAAGACCAUGGACUUCGUGGACGUGAACGAGAGCAACGCGCGCUGGGUGCAGGACUUCCGCCUCAAGGCCUACGCCAGCCCCGCCAAGCUCGAGUCCAUCGACGGUGCCCGGUACCACGCCCUCCUGAUUCCCAGCUGUCCUGGGGCUCUGGCUGACCUGGCCAGCAGCGGGUCCCUGGCUCGCAUCCUGCAGCACUUCCGCUCCGAGAGCAAGCCCGUCUGUGCUGUGGGCCACGGCGUUGCCGCGCUCUGCUGUGCCACCAACGAGGACGGGUCCUGGGUGUUCCAAGGCUACAGCGUCACGGGGCCUUCCGUGUACGAGCUCAUCCGGGCGCCCGGCUUCGCCCACCUGCCCCUGGUCGUGGAGGACUUCGUGAAGGACGCGGGGGCCUGCUUCAGUGCCAGCGAGCCCGACGCCGUGCACGUGGUGCUGGACCGCCACCUGGUCACUGGCCAGAACGCCGGCUCCACCGUCCCGGCCGUGCAGAACCUGCUCUUCCUCUGCGGCAGCCGGAAGUGAGGUGGCCCCGAGCUGAGCCCACCAGCGGAUGCCGCCACCUCCAGAUGCCCCGGGUGUCCCCAGAGGCAGCUGGACUCUCAGGCCUCUGGGGACCCCGCCUCCACGACACCCUGGCCUGGCUUGCUGGGGGCUCUGAGAAUCCUCCCAGAGGGGUGAAGGCUCUGGGGGAGGGGCUGAGCCCCCAACCCUGCAGAGUCUCCUCAGGGAGGGGUGGGGAGCGCCGAGGGGCCCGCUGGCGGCCAGGUGGUCCUGGAGCAUUCUGAGUGCCCCACAGAGGGUCGGCUGUGGGUCUGGGCUGGGGUCUUGGCUCCCCUGCCCGUCCCUGUUCACCCUGGCGGGGGGGAGCAGAGGCUGAGCCUUCCUGGAAGCUGGGUGCCUGCCGGCUGGGAUCCCAGGGUCCCGCUUCUGUGCUGAGCCUCCUCCCAGGCCUCCCUGCGGGCUCCCCAGGCCUUUGGGCGCUGGGGGGGGCUGGGUGGGGAGGGCCCCGCUGGCUGGUGCUGAAGAACCUGCUCUCACCCUAACCCUUGCCUAGUGCACGGUUUCAAACGUGAUGGCGACCCCAUGUUAAGGCCGGGAUGGACCUUGGGGUGGUUGCUGCAGUGUCACCGCGUCCCUUCUGAUGUUGAGAGAAACACUUAAUUGUGGAUACAACACACGGCCCUGCCCAGGUGGCCUCGGGUCCUGACGGCCGAGCCUGGUUUUGCAGCUGCUCUGCCUGUUUCAAGGUGGACGUGACGGAGCCGAGUUCCACUUGGAAGGAGGCCUUGAGUGUGGCUGGCUGGGCUGGGUUGGCAGGGGCGGCGGACAGUCCUGGGGAUGCCAGGUGGCUGUCCAGCCAGCCGAGUCCCAGUGCAGCCUGGUCGCGCUCCAGCUUCCCCAGGGCACCUGUCCUGGCCUGCGGCCCUCGGCUGGGGCCUCCUGGAGCUGCUCUGGCCCCGCGUGUGUCACCAUCCUCGUCUCAGCCUGACUAGCUCUGCCGCAUCCAACCCCUCAGAACAAAGGAGGAGGAAGCGGGGCGCCCCGAGUCGGAGGCGAUGCUCCCCGCGUCAGGGCCCCUGCCGCCUGCUGGCCUGCUGUGUGCACACGUGGGGCCUGGGCAGCCCCAUCGGUCAUCCCGUGUUUGCAGUCCUCACAUCACGGAGUCACGGACAUCUCUGGACAAAAAGCUUUUUUCAAAUGAUGACGCCUUCUGACUGUGCAGACCAAGACCCAGGCGGGCUCUGCGGGGGCCCCUCCACAGCCCUGCUCCCUGGUGGCUGGUGCUCUCUGAGUCUGCCCCACUGGCUGCUCCUGGGUAUGCCAGGUCCAGGGCACUGGGGUGACCACUGGGUGGGUGCAGGUGCCUGUGCCCCCGGGGGUUCCCCACAUGCCCGGGGUGUUUAAAAUAGACCCUGAGGUUUAUCCAAGAGAAAGAAAGACCCUACAACUCCACAAAAACAACGCGUGAACAUCCGUGGUGUUUUUCGCGAUAAGUUGUAGCUUCCAUAAAAGGAGCAUUCUUACUACUGAACAAUAUUAAUGUCCAUGUGGUGGACCCUUGGAAACGUCAUGCUCAGCAAAGGAAACCAGACAGAUAUGAAAAAUCCAAAAAUUCA